CCAGAAGCGUCUAUCCAUCCUCAGAAGAAGAUGGAAGCCCAAAUUGCGGCCAUGGCGGCCAAGCGUUACAGUGAGAGGCACGAUGACAUUGCCGAGGCGGUGAAGCACAUUAAUGAGCACAAGGAUGAUGAAGAUGACGAUCACGUGUAUGUUCCUCCACCGGUCAAGGAGCCCGAACCCGAAGAACCCAAAGUGGAGGAACCACCCAAAGAACCCGAUGCCAAAGCCACAGUGACAGAAGCCUAUGCACCCACAAAAUCCACCGUCACCACCACGGUGCAAACCUACACGGAAGUGGUGCCCACCACUCCACCGCCCCAAAAAUGCUGCUGUGUCAUUCUGUAGCGAGACCACAAAAGCUUUGUCUUCUUCAUCAAGAAAGUGAAUGAAUCUAUGGACAGUGCAGAAAAAAAGCUGUCAAGAAAAAGUGGGAAAGAUGGCACCUCUACAUUUCGAACAUUAGCUAGGUUUUGUGUGGAUUGGCCAAGCAGCAGAUACCAGAAAUGCAUGAUUUUUGAAAUUUCAUGUUUACAUUACAAUCUACCAUACUUUGUCUGGCACCAUGAAUGAAAAUCCAAUCUGCUUCUUUCCUUGCUCUGUGUCCUUUUGAAUAUUAUGUGUGUUGGCUAAAUCAAGUGGUACCAUUAAAAUUGUUUCUGUCAGAUUAGUAUCAUCCGUCGUCUCUGUGUGGUUUUGAGUUGAGAAGUUUCAAGCAUCUCGAUCUACUAACCAGCGGGAUUCCAAAUGGAUCGUUCGUCCUAGCUAGGUCUGAAAGUUUAAGUCGAGGCAUGCUUCGCUGAUGGCAUGCCUCCGGAUGGAUGCAUCUAUUAAUAGUUCCUUGUCAAUCUGC